AUGAAGAAUAUAGACCUUAGUCCAACAGAGCAUCUGGUUGGAUUUGCAAUUCUCCACCAGGCAUAUUCUUCCCAGCAGACUAGUUUGCACCCACACAUUUCUCUGCUUGUGGAAGCAGCAUCCAAUGAAGAAGCUGAAAAAUUUGAAAGAGGUUUUAUUCUUCAGUUGUUAGGCUACACCAGCUCUACAAAUACAUCAGAGUUCCUGAAAUUGUCUGCUGCGGACUACAUAAGAAACUUUGAUCCUUCAUUGCACUCAUUUGAACCUACUAAAGUUUCAACUGUUGAGGAUUUGAUUGCUAAAGGUUUGAAGGGGCCUCUUGAACCUGUUGAAGAAGAGCAAAUCUUAUUGGGGUUGACAGCAAAAGAGCUAAAAGACAAGCUGCCAAAAGGAGAUCUGCCAGAACUGGCGAAGAAUAAUCCUGACCUUGCUCUUCAAGUUCUCUUUAAGUUUCAAGAUUUAGAUGAAAUUUCAGACUAUUAUGAUGUUCUUUAUGGUAUGGAUGUGAACUCUAACUUGAUAGAAAUGGUUAACAAGCUUCCUAAAGAUGUUAAACCUACUAAACUUGGAUUAUUAAAGCCGUGGAUAGAACGUGGUUCAACUUUCUGGAAAGGCAUCAAGGAUGGUGAUCCUGAAACAGCAUUUGACCUUCUCUUUCAGCUUGCAGAAUUCCCUGGCAUGGGAGAGGAAUUGACCAGGCUUGUUAAUUCAGAUUUGAUUGAUAAACGUUUGAAAGGUUUUAAACCCCCACCUGAAUUCAUUCGGAAUUUCAUAAAAAGCUGUUUGCCAUCCACAGCUGAACCCACGGAUACGUCUCAUCAAGCAAGAUUGGUACUGUACUUCUUGAAUAAACUGAUCGACAAAGACAUUAUCAAGGGUGGAGAAAGCAAUUUCUUCUUUUAUUAAUUUAUGUCAUUGUUUUUCAGGUUCUGUUUAUCCAAGUCCAAGAUAAGGAUAGCGUUGAAAAUCUGUGAAUCAGUGGUCAAUUUAUGAAGAAAUUCAUCUUUUUUUCCUUCCCCUUCCCCUUCCCCUUCCCUUCCGUUUAAAUACAUUAUUUACUUCUUACCUUUCUGUCUAUAUAUUUUUCUGAAUUAGUGUCGGAGGUAAGCGUUUCAAUAUCUUCAGAUGAAGAAAAGAAGAAAACGAGAUUCUAUCACGACGUGCUUGGGAGAAAGUAAUUAAAUGCAUUGGUUGUGUGCAUAUGGGCGGUCUUCAUUUUUGUUUUUUUUGUUCCCCUUAGUUUAUUGCAAAGGUGCUUAGCUUUUCAUUCUUAAUUUAUUCAAUUGGAGGUAAUAGUUCCAUUAAUUAAUUAUUUCUUCCCUUAAUUUAUUUAUAUGAAACUCACAUAUGCCUCCUUAAUUUAUUCAGAUGAAGUUCACAUGUCUCCUUAAUUUAUUCAGGUGAGGGAGCUUCUUCCAAGCUUCUUUCAUGAGGGUAAUGGCUGGGUUUAUUUGAUCUAAAAAACCUGUAAAUCAAUGGUCCAUUUAUGAAGAAUUUAUCUUUUUCCUCUACCCUUUCCCUUUAUAUGUCUUACCUCUCUCUGUCUUUUAUUUUUAUUUUGAAUUGGUAUCAGGAGGUAAGCUUGUUCCUCUCCCUCAUCCUUAGCAUUGUUUAGCUAAAUUUGAUGUUUGGUUUAAUUUUUUCUAUGGAACCAGAGCCUCAUGUUAGGGACUUCUCAACGCUCAUUGAAAAAAAAAAAAAUCAUUUUGUUGUUUGAACUGGUAGAGUGGGCCAAAAGGUUCUGGCCGAAGAUGGACAUUUGACUAGAGUCGUUGAAACUGUUGUUUUCGACUGGUCGGACGUGGACAUUUGACAUGUACUUUUUGACCAUAUACAUUCAUCAGCAUUCCUUCAUAGAGUUUAGCUUAGCAUGUUGUUAGCAAGUGUUCAAAACUGUGACGUAUGAUGAGGAGAGACGAGUAACUGUGACGUAUUUUGCGAUGCUUGCAUUUUGAUGAAUUUGUUGUUUUUACAUGACUUCUGAUAUUUUCUCGAGAAAAUGUCAGUAAAAGGUUCCCAAAUAUUAUGAUUUGAUUAACAAAUUGGUAAUAUCUUGGAUUCAAUCAUUACCAAGGGCACCAUUCCCCCUUUUUCGUAGGAUAAUAUUUUUUUCUGAUUCCUUUUGGUCUUUUUAGUUUUUGACUGGUAUAAUAAAUUCAGUCUACAAAUGGUUGAUCUAUUGCCUUGUUUGACCGUAACAUUGUCUCUUUGUUAAUUCCAGAAGCAGAGGGAAAAAUUAUACAUAUAUAGGAGAGAGCUAUUGUACCAAAUUCAUCAAAAUUAUACAUAAUUUCAGAACCUUUUGGCUCACUCUACUAGUUCAAACAACAAGAGGGUUUUUCUUUUUUCAACGAACGUUGAGAAGUCCCUGACAUGAGGCCUCGGUUCCAUAGAAAAAAAUAAACCAAAUAUCAAAUUUAGCUAAACAAUGCUAAGGAUGAGGGAAAGGAACAAGCUUAUCUCCUGAUAUCAAUUCAGAAUAAAGAUAAAAGACAGAGAGAGGUAAGACAUAUAAAGGGGAAGGGUAGAGGAAAAAGAUAAAUUUUUGAUAAAUGGACCAUUGAUUUACAGGUUUUUUGGACCAAAUAAACCUAGUCACUACCCUCAUGAAAGAAAUUUGGAAAAAGCUCCCUCCACUUGAAUAAAUUAAGGAGGCAUAUGUGAGCUUCAUCUAAAUAAAUUAAGGGAGGAAAUAAUUAAUUAAUGGAACUAUUACCUCCAAGUGAAUAAAUUAAGAAUGAAAAGCUAAGCAUCUUUGCAAUAAACUAGGGGGAAAAAAAUAAAAUAAAAUGAAGACCACCCAUAUGCACACAAUCAAUGCAUUUAAUUAUUUUUCCCAAGCAUGUCGUGAUAGAAUCUCGUUCUCUUCUUUUCUUCGUCUGAAGAUAUUGAAAAACUUGCCUCUGACACCAACUCAGAAAAAUAUAUAGACAGAAAGGUAAGAAGUAAAUAAUGUAUUUAUAGGGAAGGGAAGGAAAAGGUGGAAGAGGAAGGGAAAAAAGAUGAAUUUCUCUAUAAAUGGACCAUUGAUUCACAGAUUUUCAACGUUAUCCUUAUCUUGGAUUUGGAUAAAUAGAACUCUUGAUAAUGUCUUUGUCGAUCAGCUUAUUCAAGAAGUACAGUACCAAUCUUGCUUGAUGAGAUGUAUCCGUGAGUUCAGCUGUGGAUGACAAACAACUUUUUAUGAAAUUUCAAAUGAAUUCAGGUGGGGGUUUAAAACCUUGCAAACGCUUAUCAAACAAAUCUGAAUUAACAAGUCUGAUCAAUUCCUCUCCCAUGCCAGUGAAUUUUGCAAGUUGAAAGAGAAGGUCAAAUGCUGUUUCAGGAUCAUUAUAAUGAAGCCUGCGUGUGAAUCAUUAUAAUAAAUAACUUGGAUAAAAAAAAAGUCUGCAAAUUGAUACUUGAAAUUACAUAUGAUUUUGGGUUUAAAUUUCCCCCCUUCUUCCCAACUUCUUAAUUUCUGCCCCCCUCAUGCUAGGGUGGGGGACAAAAAUAAAACUGGAAACUAUAUCUACUAGUCUCAUGCUAGGACAAAAACCACCUUGAAACUACAGUUUCAAAAACUUUUUCAGUAUAUUUAAGUAGGUAAAUUAUUACUAAAUAAUUUUAUUUUA